CUUUUUGAUAAGGACGUUCGUUACUCACACAAUACGAAGAAAACAAUAAAGUGGAAUGUCAAAUCAGCAUGCGCGCUACAAAAAUAGUUGAAUUGGCAAAUUGUGUGUUGUUUAUUGUUGUGUAAAUUAUAAAUUUUAUUUGCGUUGUGAAAUUCAGUAACCAAAGAACAAGAUGGAGAAUGAAGUCGCCGUAACCACACCACCAAAUGCCAGUUCCACACCUACGACAACUACAUCACCACCGACUGAAGUACAAACAGUAAAGAGUGAUACAGCACCAAAAGACACAUCAACGACAGCAACACGCCCUAAACUUGAAGGUUAUGAAUUUUACCGCAAAGUCCUUGGAUCACCUCAGUAUGUGGUGGCGCCCAUGGUGGAUCAAAGCGAAUUGGCCUGGCGUAUGUUCUGUCGCAAGUAUGGCGCCCAACUGUGCUACUCGCCAAUGUUUCACAGCAACUUGUUUGCCAAGGAUCCGAAGUAUCGCAAGGAUGCGCUGCAAACAUGCCCCGAAGAUCGACCAUUAAUUAUACAGUUUUGCGGCAACGAUGCAGAAACGCUGCUGGAAGCUGCGCUCUUGGCACAAGACCAUUGUGACGCUGUCGACAUCAACUUGGGCUGUCCGCAGGCGAUUGCAAAACGUGGCCAUUAUGGUGCAUUUCUGCAGGACGAAUGGGAGCUGUUAGCGGAAAUUGUUAAUACACUGCAUGUGAAACUGUCUGUGCCGGUGACAUGUAAAAUACGCGUUUUCGAAGAUCGUCAGCGCACGAUUGCCUAUGCCAAAAUGCUCGAAGCGGCGGGUUGUCAACUGCUCACCGUACAUGGACGCACAAGAGAGCAAAAGGGGCCGCUCACCGGUAUCGCCGACUGGAGUUACAUCAAAGAAGUAAGAGAACAUAUUAAAAUACCCAUGUUUGCUAACGGUAAUAUACUUGGUUUGGAAGACAUCAAGCGUUGCAUAUCGGAAACCGGUGUGGAUGGUGUCAUGACGGCCGAGGGGAAUUUACACAAUCCAGCCAUAUUUACGGGUGCAGCGGUGAAAACCUGGGAUAUGGCAAACGAGUAUUUGAACUUUGUGCAACAAUAUCCCUGCCCAGUGUCCUAUAUACGUGGGCAUUUGUUCAAAAUCUUCCAUCAUUUAAUGAACUUAAGACCAAAUGCUGACUUGCGCGAGGAAUUAGCUGUAUCCAAUCAGUUAGAGCGUUUCCGUGCGGUCGUUGAGAAAAUUAAGCACAAAUAUGAGCCAUUCCAUGUGGGUGCAGUGGUGUACGAUGCCGAGGAAGUGGAUCCCAGCGUUUUAGUCAUCGAAGAGGGUUUGAAUUUAUCCUUGCCACCGUGGCUAUGCCAACCGUACAUUCGCGUUCCUCCAGAGAUGCAUAAACAAAUUAUAGCCGAGAAGGUGCGCCUUGCCGAGGAUCCCAAUAGGCAGAAACGUCAGUUUUUCGACACCGAAGGCAAUGAGAUAUCACGCAAGCGCAUGAAAAAGCUACGCCGCCGCUUACGUCGUCCCAAUAAGCCCGAGGGCAGACACGAACGUAGCUUGGAGUGCUGUGAUCAAUGUGCGAAUCCCGUUGGCAUUAAGUGUGAGUAUCGCUUAUGCCGCACCUGUUGCCGUGAGAAAUGCUACACUGAAGACCGCGAUUGUCCUGGACAUGGUAUAUUGAUUAAAUCGCGUCGUAUAAAAGCUAAGGUAUUUGAAAAUAAAAAAGCGAGUAAACAGGAUUCUGGCGUAUCUGAUGACGUGGACGAAGUGACUAUCGAAUGCAAUGAGAUUGAACCUGUCAGGAUUUUACACAGCGCAGAAACGAAUACUGUACUCAAUGGGAACAGUUGAUUUCUAUUGUUGAAAACGUACUUAUUAGUUAAAUUGUGUACAUUUUUAUAUGUAUUACAUUUAGAUAAAUUAGUUGACACUAUGUUGAACCAAAUACAAUAUACUAAACAUAAUUGUGUUGGCGGACGAUGCCAAUGCAACUUUUACAA